AUGGUAGAUUUUGCCAUUAACAACUCGGUGCAUGCGUCCACGACACAUACACCGUUUUACGUGAAUGGCUUGCGCCAUCCGCGUGUACUCACCUUACUAGAGUGUAACUCUGGUUUAAGGGGGGGAGGGACUCGCGCGAGCAAAAACCGAUUUGGUUCACGCUCAUCACGCUCUGACGAAGAGGUCAUUGCGUUUAAUGCCGAUAUCGAUAACAUCGAUAUCGAAGAAGAUGAUGCCAGUGAGAGCGCGGAAGCCCUCACUGAAGAAAAGAUUGAUGUUGCUGCAGUGCACUCACAGCGCACUGAAGCUAACGAGUCAUCAGAUAAGUUCAUACUGGCUCGCGAAACGGUAGUCCGUUUUGUGCAAGACUCCAUCGCCGAAGCGGUGGAUGAGUAA